CAGUGAGGGAGGAGACGCAGUGUCUUUCAAUUUCAGCAACAUCGGCCACUAGAAGCCACCGGGAACAACUUCUUCACCGACCACCACCAAAAACCCUGCUACCGCUUGGUCGUGUUCGGCUGCGCGGUCUUCGGGUCGGCCAGGACGAAAAUACAGACGAGGAUUCGGAGUUUUGUCAGGAGUUCCUCACGUCCAAAUUCCCGGAAGUGCAGCGCAGAGGGCAUCGGUGAGAGGAUGGCCGCCUACAAGCUAGUGCUAAUCCGCCAUGGUGAGAGCUGCUGGAACCAGGAGAACCGCUUCUGCGGCUGGUUUGAUGCCGACCUGAGUGAAACCGGGACGCAAGAGGCCCAGAGAGGAGGACAGGCAUUAAAAGAUGCUGGUUAUGAGUUUGAUAUCUGCUACACCUCGGUCUUAAAGAGGGCCAUUCGUACCUUAUGGCACGUCCUAGAUGCCAUCGACCAAAUGUGGCUGCCUGUUCAUCGGACCUGGCGCCUCAAUGAGCGUCACUAUGGAGGCCUGACCGGUCUGAACAAGGCUGAAACUGCUGCCAAACACGGGGAGGCUCAGGUCAAGAUAUGGAGACGCUCCUUUGACGUUCCACCCCCGCCUAUGGAUGAGGACCAUGACUACUAUGAAAAUAUAAGCAAGGACCGGCGCUAUGCCGAUCUGACAGAGGACCAGCUCCCCACACACGAGAGCCUGAAGGACACCAUUGUAAGAGUGCUGCCCUUCUGGAAUGAUGAAAUUGUUCCACAAAUCAAGGAAGGAAAGAGGGUCCUGAUCGCCGCCCACGGCAACAGUCUCAGAGGCAUCGUCAAGCAUCUUGAAGGCAUGUCGGAGGAGGCCAUCAUGGAGCUGAAUCUGCCCACCGGUAUCCCAAUCGUGUACGAGCUGGAUAAAAACCUGAAACCCACUGGCCCCAUGCAGUUUUUGGGAGAUGAGGAGACUGUGAAGAAGGCCAUGGCUGCUGUGGCAGCUCAGGGCAAGGCCAACAAAUAGACACCCUUCACGUUACCUGUUUAGUGGAGACGCCCAGUAUAGCCAUUGUUAAGUACAAGUCAUUCACUGUUACGUCAUUAAAAGACCUGCACAGCAGAUGCUCACCCGACCUGCACUUUAUUAUCCUUCCAAGAUCGCUGUGCUGAGUGUUGUUGCAUUGAAAACAUGAUGAAUUGGGACCUAAAAUUUGGAGCUUGCCUACAUUAACCCAGAUAAAUAUGUCAGCUAACCUCGCUUUAAAUCUCAGAGUGAGUAGAUGUUCUGUGCACUGCUGAAUUGUGAUUUCUGUGGCAUUGUUAGUCAAUAAAUUGAUUCCAUUGUCUGGUCUAA